CAAUGGUCGAAUCAAGAUUGUCAUUGUAAUUAAUGAGUAAUUAUAAUUAUAUGGUGAUAAUUAUAUUAAAUAUAUAUAUAGUGAGGAGAAAAUAGAAUGGCUGCUCUGAUGAAGAAAAGAGUAUUAGCUGAAUUUACUCAAAGUCAAGUUAUCAAUGAACCGCCAUUAAAAAGGUUAAGAACUUUACGACUUUCAGCAACUGGAAGUAGUAAGAAUGAUGGCGAAGGUAGCUCUACACUAGCUUAUAUAGAAUGCUUAGAAAAAUGUAAAGGUGGCAAUGAUGCAUUACAGUUGCUUGUUCGUAUAUCUGACACUGUGUCAUGUAUUUCUUCCGAAGAUGUUCCUAUAGCAAUAAAGAAACUUUCAGAAAGAUUUGGUAUUGAAACUGAAGCUGCUGUGCGUGCAAAAAUAUUAUGGAUAUUUGGUGAACUUGGAGAAGUAACGUUUGAUGUUGCUGAAAAAGCACGUAUUGUUAAUGAGACAGCUGAACUUUUAAAACAUGAAGAAUCACACAGAGUUAAGAGUCAAGGAUUAGCAACUUUGUUAAAAUUGGGAGAUUAUCAUAGAAAUUUGGUAUUAAAAGUUGCACGUGAACAUUUACAAGAUACAUGGCAUGGUGUACAAACACGAUGUCUUUCUAUAAUUGGAAGAUAUUUGACAGCUAAUACUACAGAUGAUACACUUAUUUUUGUUGGAAAUUAUGCUCGAUCGCAAGAUCCAAGAGUUCGUGCACAAGCUUUUGAAACAAUGGCAGAAUUACAUUCCCAUAGAGGUUGUAGAUUACCUGCUAGUUUUUUUGGAGAAGCAUGUGCUGCUCUUCGCGAUGAUAAUGAAAUAGUCAGACGUGCUGUUCUCAAAAUAAUUUGGCUUCUUGGUAUUGAAUAUCCUGAAAACAUGGUUGUUGGCUUAGAUGGAGAAGAUGUACGUAUGGUUGAUUGUACAUUUUCUCAAAUUUGUAGUUUGAUGGGUGAUUUGUCACCACGAGUCAGAGCUUCAGCUAUGUCUCUAUUAGGUACAAUGAAAGGUGUUUCACAACGUUAUAUAGAACAAGCACUGGACAAGAAACAAAAAGUAGUAGAAGUAGAUAGUGCAGUUAGACCCGAAGUCGAAGAAAAGAGUGGUUCUUGUGGAGCAUUUAUUCAUGGAUUAGAAGAUGAAUUUUUAGAGGUUCGAACAGCAGCUGUUGAAGCACUUUGUAAAUUAUCUUUAGAACAACCGAGUAUAGCUAGAAUCUCGUUAGAUUUCAUGGUAGAUAUGUUUAAUGAUGAAAUUCAAAAUGUUAGAUUAAGAGCAAUAGAAUCAUUAAGAAAAAUGUCUGCUAGUGUCACUCUUAGAGAAGACCAAUUGGAAACUAUAUUGGGUGCACUAGAAGACUUCUCAGGAGAAGUAAGAGAAGGUUUACAUGCUACGUUAGCAGCUAGUCAACUUGCUACAAGAAAUUGUCUUCACAUGUGUGUCAAUCGUUUGUUGGAUAAUUUAUCGCGUUAUCCACAAGAUAGAGAAAGCAUUAGAAUAUGUUUGGCAGCAUUGGGAGCUUCACAUCCAUAUCUUACUUUACCUUUAGUACCGCAACUUCUCGGACGACAUCCUUUCUUCGAUACACCAGAACCGGAUGUAGAUGAACCAUCUUAUGCAAGUGUAUUGGUAUUGAUAUUUAAUGCAGCAUUACAUUGUCCAAGUAUGCAUGCUUUAUUUACGGAACACACUUCUAAACAUUAUCACUAUUUGCGCGACACGAUGCCACAUUUAGUGCCGAGAUUACGUCCCGCAGUAACUAAUGGUACAGGACCAAACAAGGAAGAUAUCACUAAUGAGGAACGUAGAGAUCGUAGAGGAAGAGAAUUUUUAGAAAAAAUAGUAAUGGGUAUAGAAAACGCAAGGCCAGGUGGUAGAGUAAAUACAAAACUUUUAGAAAUUGCGACUAUUGACCUUGAUCGUCUCGCGGAAAUGGAUAAUAGAAUGGAAGGUGCAGCUCGUUUUACAGCCUUGUAUAUCCGCUGUUUAUUAUUACUGAAAUCAGUUUUGAAAGAAUUUUCGGUCUCUGCAACUACUUCAAUAUCAGCAAGUCCAGUACCAAAUACAAGCAACAAUGUUUCUUCUCUACUUCAACAUACACAAAAGCUGCAACGAUUGUUUAGUGGAUUAGGAGAUGCUGAAGUAACAUUAGCUAAUGACGUGUGGUUGAAAGCUUUAGCUGUAGAACUAGUUCGUGUUACAAGAAGUGCUACAGGCAGUGCUCUUCCACUCGCUCGUUACUUUUUGUCAGAAGCAGAUUCUUUGCCGCAAGAUACUUCAAAAUUACCACCCUUUUCUAGGGCAUUGGUUCUUCAAAUUCCAAAUCUGGCAGAUGUAAAGCCAGGAUCUUUGACGCGGCUUUUAUUACCAUUACUUCUUACGUCUCCUUUACAGGGUGAAGAAAGACUCCCAAGACCAUCCAUAUCUACUCGAUUUUGUCGUGCUAUUAUCGAAGAGCCUAGAGGAGAUGCGGACUCUGCAUUAAAGUUUACGGGUGGUUUGUUAUUAGGCAUUUCUUUAACAGCUAAAAUAUUGAAUUUACGUGAUCCUAACAUCUUAAGAGUUAAAUUAAGACAUCCGGAUCAGCAGGUGCAAUUAUUAUUACCUCGACAGUCAGAUUUGCGUCUUCAUAACCCCGAUCAAAAUGAUUAUAGAUUAAGAACUACUGUACUCUUAUCACAUCAAGUAUGGAUGGAAGCUUGCAAUGUAGAAAUAUCAUUAGCACUUCUUGUACCUUCGGCCACAGUAUUUUCACACGCUCCUUUAGAAGAUCCAUGUGUUAUAGAUCUUUGUAAGCCAACUAAAGUAUCUAUAGCACCAAAACCAAUAAAGAGAGGCAUAUAAUUUUAUUUUUGUAUAAUAACAAUGUUUUAUUAUGCAAUCAAUAAAUAUUUUACAUGGAAA